AUGGACGGAGCAAAAAAGGGACCUGGCUUUGCUACUUGUUUUCCCUGGAAGAACAAGUCUUGCUGUUGGGCCAAUACAACUGUGGAACUAAAGAAAAAUAUCGUCAAAAAUAUCCUUCAUUUGGACUGGGAAUACUGUGGUAACUUAAGUGAAUCCUGUAAGAAAUACCUGUUACACGAGGCCUGUUUCUAUUUUUGUGAUCCAAACCUGGUCAAAUGGAAAACAACUGGCGCUUAUGUUAGCGAGCUACCCAUCUGCAGUGAUGCUUGCGACAAAUGGCUCGAGGCCUGCAAGAAUGACAAGACCUACUCUGAGAAUUGGAUGGAUGAUUAUACCUUGUAUCACUCCAAAAAGGGUCCAAUAAAAACUAACAGACCAUGUCGCACUUUUGCCGAGGUUUUUCAAAACGGCGAAGGAUUGUGUAACAAGGUCUAUGGACUAGCCUUCAAGUACGAACGGUCUUCCAACUGUUUGGUGUUCAAUUUCAAAGGUGAAAACCCGAAUGACAAAGUCGUGCCAGCUCCUUCUUCUUCAUCCUAGGCAUUGUUGAGCAAGGUAGAAGAACUAAUGCUGGAGGAAAACUUAAGAACUUGUCAUUAGCGUUAACAAAUUCAGGCAUUAAACUGAUAUAAAAUAUAUACGUAAAGAAGCUCUAAGAGGCCAAGGCCAACAGUAUUCAGUUCGUACUUUUUGGUCUUGACUUG